UCAACAAGCCUUCGCCCUCAGUCACCUUCUGACUCUCCAGGACAGCAAGGAUGAGUUACGUCGCUAAGGGUGAGAAGGAAUACGACGCUACCGGCGCCCCCGUGCCCGCCGCCAAAAUCCACAAGAUCCGCAUCACGCUCACGAGCAGCAAUGUCAAGAACUUGGAGAAGUUCUCUGCGGACCUCAUUAACCGGGCCAAGGACAAGCAGCUCCGCGUGAAGGGCCCCGUCCGCCUCCCCACCAAGUGCCUCAAGAUCACCACCCGCAAGACUCCUUGCGGUGAGGGUUCGAAGACCUGGGACCGCUACGAGCUCAAAGUUCACAAGCGCCUCAUCGACCUGCACUCCUCCAGCGAGAUCGUCAAGCAGAUCACGAGCAUCAGCCUGGAGCCCGGUGUCGAGGUCGAGGUCACUAUCUCGGCUUGAGAUGUAUGCCUGCUGACGAUGUACCGCUAUGUUGUAUGUUACCUGCGUCAACAAUGCUAUGACCGUCCCACUGCA